AUGGAUAAGAAAAUUAAGGCAGUGCAACUGAAAAAGAGGAUCGCCCUGGAGAACAUAAAAUCGCUGGAACGGUUCCAGGCGAAAUAUUCGAGUGAUGAUGCCAAGCAGAUUCCGGAGGUGUUAGAAGAUCUGGCGAAACAUAAGGAAGAGUUUUUCACCGCAGUUUCGAAACUGGAAGAGCUUGAAGAUAAAGACGAAGCGGUCGAAGCCAGCAUAAUGGAACGGAUCGACAUUGAAGAACGCUGUCGCAAGCUAAAAUCAUUUCUACGGGAAAGACAGCCAAAGGAAGAAGGUUCGCUCAACGAUACAACGGGCUUGGCUUCCUCAACGCUUGCAUUCGGUCGACCCCACGCGCCAAAUUUACGUUUGCCCAAAAUCGAACUUCCAACAUUUGACGGAGAUCACACAAAAUGGCUUUCUUUCCGAGAUCGCUUCAUCGCAAUGAUCGACGCUUCAGCCGAGCUUCCAUCUAUCGCGAAGCUACAAUACUUACUGUCAUCGUUGAAGGGGGACGCGGCGGUACCCUUCGAGCAUACACCUUUAACGGCGGACAACUAUUCGGUUACCUGGGCGGCGCUUCUUAAACGGUACGACAAUUCUCGUCUUUUGAUUCGCGAAUACUAUCGCAAAUUGCACUACCUUCCGGGAGUGCAAUUGGUGUGCGUUGACAAGCUCACGCACCUGGUGGAUGAAUUCACCCGCUUCGUCAACGGGUUGAAAAAGCUGAACGAACCGGUUGACUCGUGGGACACACCCCUCUCAAACAUGCUGCUGAUGAAGUUGGAUCGAGAGACAUUGUUGGCUUGGGAGAAACAUUCCGUGCACUUCACGACGGACAAAUAUAAGGAUGUGAUCGACUUCGUGCAAGAUCGUAUCCAAAUCUUGAAAUCGACCAACAACUUCGUGAAGGAUCAAGCAGCUAGUGGUAUCAAGGUGGCCGGUCUCAUUCGUCAACCAGGGCAACGGAGAUUCAUCGCGAAUGCAGCUACAUCUCGCUCGGCUCCUGCUGCAUCGACUGCGCACACCCAACAGCCAAAGUGUCCAUUGGAGUGUUCCGAAGACCACACACUGCGCAACUGUCCAGUGUUCAUCGCCAAGGAGGUCCAACAGCGACGGGACGUCGUCGCAUCGAAGCGGCUGUGCUGGAACUGUUUGAGCAGCAAUCAUCAGGUUAGAGCGUGCAAGUCGGAUUAUUCGUGUCGCACGUGUCGUGAGCGUCAUCACACACUUCUACAUCAUUCACCACCCUAUGCUCCACCCGCAACGGUAACAUUGUCAGCUCAGUCGAAUGAAGACAAUGUGUUUCUGGCGACGGCAAACAUCCAGAUCAAGGAUGACUACGGGAACACCCAUGAAGCAAGGGCGUUGUUGGAUUCGGGAUCCAUGUCGAAUUUCAUCGCUGAGGAGUUCGCACGGAAACUGCUGACGAGUCGCAAAAGGGUCAACGUCGCUGUAUCGGGCAUCGGCAAUGCAGUACAGCAGAUCAAGGGUUCCAUCGUCGCUACCGUUCAGUCCAAGACACAACCCCUCGCAACGGAGAUGACUUUCUUGGUUCUGGACACGCCAUCCGCAAACAUCCCUACAUCACCAACGGACGUCUCUUCAUGGAAAAUGCCGGACGUGGCAUUGGCGGACAGCACCUUUAACAGUCCGGGGCAAAUCGACAUCGUCAUCGGAGGCGAUACGUUCUGGGAGCUCCACACCGGUCGCAAGUGCUCUAUCGGUAGAGGCAAACCGUGGCUGGUCGAAACCCACUUUGGUUGGGUUGUCACCGGCAACACUCAUCAUUCGUCAGUCGGUCCGCGGCUGUGCCAUCUAUCUGCAUACGACACCCCACUGGAGGAGACCAUGCAGCGGUUCUGGGAGAGUGAAACCAUAGCCGAGGAUCCUGUGCUAUCGGUUGAGGAGAAUGCUUGCGAGAAGCAUUUCGCAGCAACAACUGUUCGCAACUCAAGUGGAAGGUAUGUCGUUAGUUUGCCAUUUAACUCCAACCCUAAUAUCGUUUUAGGAGAGUCGAAGGAAAUAGCCGAUCGCAGACUGCGUUCUAUCGAACGGCGGUUGAACACCAAUGCUAAAAUGAAAGAAGAGUAUGUGAAAUUUAUGAAAGAAUAUGAGCAUUUGGGGCAUAUGAAGCGGCUUACCAGUCCUGCAAACGAUUCGGUAGAGCAUUAUAACCUCCCACAUCACGCUGUCGUUAAAGAGUCAAGCACAACCACGAAGGUGCGUGUCGUGUUCGAUGCAUCCUGUAAGACUUCGAGUGGUUACUCAUUGAACGAUAAACUCUUAGUGGGACCAGUCGUUCAAGAAGAUCUUUUAUCGAUUAUCCUUCGGUUUCGUUCUCGUGCCAUUGCUCUCACUGCAGACGUAGAGAAGAUGUAUCGGCAAAUUUUACAUAGCCCUCAUGACCGUAACUAUCUACGCAUCCGGUACAGAGAACAUCCUGCAGAUCCUAUAUCGACCUUUGAGCUACAGACGGUUACGUACGGCACAGCCUCUGCUCCAUUUUUGGCAACCAGGACCCUCAAACAGAUUGCUCUUGACCACAAGGAAGAGUAUCCUUUGGCAAUGAACGCGGUCAUGAACGAUUUUUACGUAGAUGAUUUGCUAACGGGUACCGAUGAUUUGUCCGAAGCAAUCGUUAUACAAGGCAAAUCUCAGACAUGCUAA